AUGGUAUCUCACCCAGACGUUCCCACCCGUGUCGUAGCUACAGUCCCCGCUCCCGCCUCCGUCGCCUCCUCCUCACGCGUCUCGCACUCCCAGCGCCGUCACCAUAGCCAUUCUUACUCCCACCACAAUCAUUCCCGCUCCGGUCGCUCACACCAUGGAGGUUCCACUCACCAACCUCUCAACCAAUUCCCCAUCUUCGCCGCAACGGGAGAUGUCGAGAUCGUCAUCCGUGCGUCAACUCAAGAAAAGCGUUAUUUACUUCAUAGGCUGAUUCUGGCACGCUGUUCGGGAUUUUUUGAUGCAGGCACGAGUGAAGAGUGGUCGCGGUCCCAGGCGUUGAGGGAGGCGCAGAUGUUGGAGGGGGUUGAAAAUGCUGCUAAUACUGCUGCUAUUACGAAUGGGAUUGAGAAUGGGAAUUCUACUACGGAACACGGGCUAGCGAUUAUUACUGAUGAGGAUGCGGCCGGGGCAGGGGCCGGGGAAGAACGUGUUGCGCAUCACCGUCGUGCAUCGUCGGCUCCUACAAAGACUCGGUGGAGGUAUGAAUUGGAUUGGGUCAAUAGGGAGGAAGAUGAGAUGCCGAUUCUUGUGCAGAAGCCCGCAUCCCAAAACAACUCGAUAUUCGGCGGAAGCUAUCGCCCACCCAAGCCCCCACCCGCCCGUACGAAACCUCCCCCGCCCCAACAGGGCUUCUUCCGCUCCAUCACAAGCCUCACCGGAAUCCAAUCCGCUCUCCAUCUUCCAAGCACUGCCACAUCAACUGCGGCAACAAAACCUGCCAUCGAAGACGGCCCCCUUGACCCAACCAUCCGAGACUAUGACAACCUCUUCCGCAUUUUCUAUAACUACCCCCCACAACUCAACGCCAUAAACAUCGCCUCCGCCUACUCAGAAUGUAAAUCUCUUCUAAACCUCGCAGACAUGUAUGACGCGCUCCCUGUUGUCGGACCCCGUGUCGACCAUCACCUCCUGCGCUUCUCAUCCCGUCUCUACAAACAAAUCGCAAAGUACCCCCCCAGCUACCUACGACUAGGUUACCUGGCACGAAGCCACGUAAUAUUCGCAGAGGCCCUAAUCCACGUUGUGGGCCAAUGGCCAGCUGCGCUACCGCAUUUGGGCCAGGGGUCAUACUCACCCCUACCCGAUCCCGUGCUAGAUCUCAUCGAGGAUAAGGUUGAGGACAUGGAAGAGUUGAAAGCGCGCGUUGAGGGGAAGUUGUUCCGAUUGUCGCUGACGACGUCCAGAGGAGAGCGGGUUAGCCCUUCCAAUGCAUAUCUGGAUUGGCUUGCGGUAUCACUUUUUCGGCAGUGGCUAGUGGAGAAUACAACGCCGCCUCCGGCUGGGAUUUUGAAGACAUUGCCGUCGCAGUCGCAAUCCCGGGGAGGAGGAGAUGGUGGUGGUGGUGGUGGAGGGAGUAGCAACUAUCAUAAUAAUAAUGGUUCUGUCGCGACGAACAAUGGCUACGGCAAUACUACCACCAUCACAGCGUCGAGUUCCAAUAAUAACAGCAAUUCUACACCGACAACUACAACCACCACCACCACCAUGACCAUGGCCAGCGCGGGCGCUGCUAAUAAUAAACACUAUAACCAAAUCUCAAACCCUUCCCCUUACUCUCCCGGCCGUACAUACCGCCUCAUCGGCUCCCCUUCAAACCAAGCCUACCUCCCGCACGACGAAUUAAAGAGAUUUCUCAAGCAGUCACAUACACACUCGCAUGACUCUCUUUACUCGCGCGAGAAUCUGAAGAGGUUCGAGCGCAAGAUGGACGAGAUUAAGCGGUUGGCGAGGGAAAUUGUGAAGCCUCUCAUGCGGAAUUUUCUGGAGUUGGACUUGAGGAGUUUGAGCGGCAACGGCGGUGGCGGUGGCUUGAGUGCCGGAACAGACGAUGCUGGAGGAGGCGUGUUGCUGCCGUAUCUGACAUGUACAAGAGUUGAGGAGGGGGACUAUCCGUGGGACUGA